ACAGUGCACCUGUCAAAACGGUAGGCCAGAGAUGUGCAUCAGUGUGUUGUGCUCACCACCACAACAGUGCAGACAAUUUCACGCCGUGAACGGCAAGUGCUGUGAGUUUGUCUGUUUGGACGGCGACUUCAGCGCCAACAACAAUGGCAUCAAACUGUUCAAUACGACGGUUAUUAAGGGCACCGGCGGAGACAAUAGGACGCACGGCUCAGUUACCACUAAUAAUCUCGGUCUGCGACUAAUCGCCUCCACAAUCACGUCGUUCCUCAUUCUAGCGCUUCUCCUGUUUAUGAUUCACCGCUUAAGACAAAGGAGGCUAUUGUUGAUGAUUAGGAGGUUACAAACGCGUCGUUUAGAGCAAGUGAACGGUCUGUCGGCCGACAACCCCAACAUGGGCUACCUGUCCGGCCAGAACUGCUACGAACAGUACGACUUUGGCGGCUCCUUCAAUGAACCGCCGCCCCCUUACACCUUCUGGAAGCCGCCCGAGCACUACAUACCGCCCGGUGAGGCGCCCCCGCCCUACGAUGACUCGGUGGGUGUGACUGUAGUUCCCUGUUUCGACGUGACCGGCCAUACGCUGGUCAACCAUAACAACAAUAACCGGGUCAACAUAACGGGCAACUGUAUCGUGGGGUCGCCCACGCCUUUCCAACAAACGCAACUCAUUAGUGCCGCCAAUCGACAGGCGCUGUGCGCCGCCAACGCCCGGAGUUCGCCGUUUUUAACUACCGGUGCGAUGAUAACGGGUACUACGAUGGGGGCGAUGGCCGCCCACCCUAUCAUAGACACGAUGGGCGCCGACGGCUCCUACGAACACAUCACAGUCGUGCGCAUUAACGACACGCAACCAAAUACCGGUGCGAUUAUGACGGCUACGGUCACCGUCGACGAGAGCAGCGUAAGGGAACGGGUGGGAGGGGUGGGUGCGGAGAGCGGCUGCACCAACACGUUCAGUGAUUCCACGUCUACGUCAUCGAUAGCCUCGUCCGACGGCUCCUCCACGUCGGGCGAGGCGUUCAACUCGCCCUCAAACUGUUCAGUCAUCAGCUCGUCCUCCCAGUCCACGUCCACGCAGUCAACGGUCCGGCAUCAGGACAACGGCGCUAUUAGUCGGCUAUAA